GAGAGAGUGAGAGGGAGGACAGAUGCAGAGGAGGAGGAAGGGAUGGAAAAUAAUCUCGGACUCCAAUGGAACAGCUUUGAAGAUUUUUCUCAAGUAAAUAUUUUGUGCAAAAAUAUUCAGCCAAGAUGAAGAAGUGGAUUGUUUUUCUGUGGCUGUGCAACGGAUGGAUGCAAACUGCUGCUGCUGAUACAACCCCAACACCCUCCUCUGCACCAGUGACACCCACUGAAGAUGAGGGCACCCACCUGGUGGAUUGGUUGAUGAAGUAUGGCUACCUCCCACCCUCAGACCCUUCCACUGGUCAGCUGCAGGCCUGGACAGCUGUCACUAACGCUGUCAGGGCCAUGCAGAGGUUUGCAGGCCUUAAUGACACUGGAGUUGUAGAUGAGGAGACAAUGGUGUUGAUGAACAGUCCACGCUGCUCCCUACCUGACGAGCCAUCCAAAUCACCGGCCAACCAAGAAGGGAACGACAUUAGGAGGAGGAGAAGGGCUAUCUCCAUGUGGUCACGCAGGAACAUUAACUGGAGGUUGCAUUCAUACCCCUCCUCUUCUCAUCUGUCCCGGGAAACCAUUCGCUCCCUGGUCUUUUAUGCUUUAAGAGUGUGGGCAGAGCCAACACCCCUGGAGUUCCACGAGGUGGGCAACCCAGAGGCAGCUGACCUACAGGUAGACUUCCUCCAUGGUUACCACGGUGAUGGUUAUCCCUUUGAUGGGGCAGGCGGUGCAGUCGGCCAUGCUUUCUUCCCAUCAGACCGUGCACGGGCAGGAGGAGUUCAUUUGGAUGCAGAGGAGGAGUGGGCCUUCAGACAGCCAGCAACUGAGGGCACUGACCUGUUCACAGUGCUGGUCCAUGAGUUUGGCCAUGCACUGGGCCUUGCUCACUCCUCAUCUCGCCACUCAGUGAUGAGGCCGUACUACCAGGGUCCUGCUGGAGACCCUCUCCACUACCGCCUGGGCCCUCAGGAUCUGGAGCACAUUACGCAGCUCUAUGGGAAGAGGAAUCAGCUGCUGGCCACUGACGCUCCUCGCCUCGCCCCUGAGCCUGAGCGGCACCACAGAGGCCACCACCAUGAUCACAGAUAUGGCCCCUUCAUAGAUCGCUGUAACAUCAGUUUUGAUGCUGUGGCAAGAAUCCGUGGGGAGACUUUCUUCUUCAAAGGUCUGAGGAUGUGGCGAGUCAAUGGUGGGGGCUUGGUGUCGGGUCGCGGGGCUUCAGUCAGAAGGCUGUGGAGGGGUCUACCUGCUGACCUGCCUCGGCUUCACGCUGUGCUUGAGAGACAGUCCGAUCAUGCCAUCAUCUUUAUCAGUGGUUCCCACUUCUGGCUGUUCAGGGAUCUGUCCCUGCAGGAGGGCUACCCUCAGCCCCUGUCCGCCCUCAGGAUGGGGGGCGACCUAGCUGGAGCUGACGAGGAGGAGGAGGAGGAGGCGGAGGCAGCAGCAGGGAGGUGGGGCCUGGUCUGGGACACAGAGCAGGGCCCUGUGUGGGGGAAGAUGGGAAACGCUGAGGAAGAGAAGCAUGAAGACAAGUGGACUCAGCUGCUCAGAGAAGGGGUCAGUGGCAUCACCACAGACAGCGAUGGCUCUGUCUAUCUCUUCAAAGGAGACUCAUACUGGAAGUUCACGUUUCCAGGCUCCACACUGCAGGACGGAUACCCACGAUCCUCUACUGCAGACUGGCUGGACUGCCCCGACUCCUCCUCAUCCUCUCCUGUGGUGGACGACCUCUCCUUGUCUCUGUCUCCGCCUGCAGGAAGACAGGAGCUCAGGGAGAGAUGGAGGGAGAAGAAAGAGAAGGAGGAAGAAGGAGGAAGGAGGAGGGAGAGACAUGGAAAUCAACAUAAAGACAUACAGGACAGAGGUUCACACAUCUGGACACAAUGCAUGUGCCAAAAUGGAGCUCUUGGUGGCCGGACGACAUCUUCUAUUGCUUUCUUGCUGCUGAUUACAUGGACACUGUUGGUUAUCUAAAGCUGCACAUGACUAUGGAAGUCAGCUGUCUUAUCAGUUUUAAUGAGGAGGCACAAACAGUCACCAUGUGGGUUAGGUUAGGGUUAGGGUUAAUUAGGCAGAGAAGAGAAACUACAAACACUCACCAUGAGAAGAGAAGAUCGAGCCACUCUGCGUGUUCAGUCAGAGCUGGAGUCUGGACAGGGUUAGCCUAGCUUAGCAUAAAGGCUGGAAGCAGGGGGAAAGUGCUACCCUGGUCAUUUGUAAUUGUAGUUACGUCAACAGUUCAUCCAUCCACCAGCACUUGUGCACCGCUGCCAGACAUGGCUGGUGAGCAGGCUUGAGUUUACUGCCAUGACUGUAGAAGCUGGACAUGUCUCUCUGACGACAGGACUCCCAGCUGUUUGCCAAGGCAAAGCUCCAACUUAUUAACAACAACACUAUAAAACCACCAAUAGUUGUUUUUAAAUGUCUCUUUGUGUAUGGGUGAAGCAAACAAGGUGCAAUGUGUUUUUUAUAUUUUUAUUAGAGCCAGUAGCUGUUCCCAGGUGACCAGGUGUACCAUGACCUGAGUCCAGCUCCUACUUAAGAGUAGCUUAGGGUUCCACUUUUAUACCAUUGUCACACUCACGAUGGACAGUUAGAAAAGAGAAAAAAAUCUAAUUAAAAUAAAAAAUCGUGGCCGGGUUUGGCUUAGUUGGUAGAGCAGGCG